GUACAAAAUGUACAAAAUUCAAAUUUUCCAUCACGCAGGGAGGGGAGGAACCAGAACGAGAAGACCUUCGGCCUUCCACCGGAGGACGUUUUCCAGGCUAUUUACAGGUCAGAAGAGGAGAUGCUGAAGUUCAUGGGUCUGAUGAACUCCUCCUGGGUUCUAGACGGACACGAUAUUGUGACGGCGUUCAACCUCUCCUGCUUUCAGAACAUCGUUGAUCUUGGAGGAUGCACCGGUGCUCUGGCCCGAGAGAUGGCGAAGGCGUACCCGUCCUCCUCCGUCACGGUGUUCGACCUCCCGCAGGUCGUAGAAACGGCUCAGAAACAUUUCUCUCAGGAGAGCGACAUGGUGGUGUUUCGAGCUGGAGAUUUCUUCGGCGAUGAAAUCCCUCACGCCGACCUGUACGUUCUGGCCAGAAUCAUUCACGACUGGCCUGAAGAGAAGUGCCUCACGCUGCUGAAGAAGAUCUAUGACACCUGCCAGCCAGGCGGCGGCGUCCUGCUGGUGGAGGCCAUGCUGUUUGAGAACAGACGAGGGCCCGUCAUGGCUCAGAUCUUCUCCCUCAACAUGCUGGUGCAGGCGGAGGGCCGGGAGCGCCCGCCGUCCGAGUACACCCGCAUCCUCAGCAAGACCGGCUUCCACAACGUCCAGCUGUGCCGGACCGGAAAGUCCUACGACGCCAUCCUGGCCAUCAGAUGAGCCCGGGACAGGCGGGACAGGCGAGACAGGCGGGACAGGCGGGACAGGCGGGACAGGCCAAGUCUGGGGAAGCAGAGACAGCUGGACUCUUCAAGGACUUAAAAGGUUCAUAGGUGGACACAAAUGUUUAAGCUCGGAAAAAAAGGGUUAACAGUCUGAGUGCACAUGGAUCUCUAGUGUUUGUUGUGGUCAACUUUGUGAUGUUUUAAGAUAUUGUGAUAAAACUUUUUUCAAGGAUCAAACUUUCUCUGGACUGAAGAUGCUGCUGGACAGAAUUUGUGAUCAAUACUUCAAAAAAUCUUCCUUUAAAACUUAUUUCGACAUCAGUGUUCAUGUCAUGAUCACGGGAACCCUGAGUAGUCCUAAAAAUUUGCAAAAUAUUUUUUAUGAGUAAUCUUAUAUUUAUAAUCCUGGCUUGGGUAUUGUAGAGUUUUUUUCAUGAUUUUUACUUUUUAAGAAAAGUUUUUAAAAAUAUAUUUAGAAUACCAACAAAUCCCUCAAUAUUUUAUUUAAAAAAAUACAGAAAAAGAGCCCAAUAAACAUGCAGUUAAAGUGCGACAUUUCCAUUUAGUUUAUGGAGUGAUAUAACUCCACUUAAAAUCAUCAGGAAGCAAGCACUGUGAAAAUUAAAUAAUUAGUUCCAUUUUUUCAGUUUUUGAAUACCUACCUACCUUUUAAUUUUUUUAAAAUCUUUUUUAAGACAAUAAUAUCAAAAGUAACAACAACACUGUUGUCAAGAACCAUGUAAAUAUCCAUAAAAAGAGAAACACCUGCCAUGUUUAUUAUUUGAAACAAUAUAUAAUCAAAUUUGUCCAUUUUGCAAAGCAUAAAUCAUUCCUCAGUCUUAGUAGAAAAGUCAGUAUUUUCAUCUCAUGGAUCACGUUUAUGAUUUAAAGUUAAGUAUGUGCUGUAAGUGGAUAUUAAUGCUUUUUGUUUAUCUGUUUUUGAGAAUUUAACACUCAGAGAUGGAAAUAAUUCCAAAAACUUUUAAAAAACGCUGAUUUCUCGAGCUGGAGAAACAGCUGUGUGUUGUGACGUUGUGUGACUGUGUGUUCAGGUUCCCUGCAUGUAGAUCCGACUCUGCAGGACAAACCUUCAGAUUACCUCCAUUAACUGGUGUUAAAAAGUUCUCAUUUUCUUAUUUUUGGUCUGUUAGUUGUGUGAGUUGAAGGAAAAAUCACUGUAGUGCUGUUUAAAAGAACCUGUACUUAAUUAUGUAUAUUUGUUGCCUUUCAGAAAGAACUUCACAUCAUCUCAC